GUGUCUGCGUAGCUCAUUUACGUAUUUCCUAUCGCAUUCUUGACUGUUGUAGGCAGGCAGCUUUUGAAUAGGUAAGAUGGCGGCUGCGGCAGUGGUUGAGUUUCAGAGAGCUCAGUCUCUUAUUAGCACGGAUCGUAACGCUUCUAUUGAUAUUCUACAUUCUAUUGUGAGGAGAAAUAUCCAGGACAGUGAUGAAGAAUCCGUUCGGGUUAAAGAACAGAGCAUCCUGGAGCUGGGGUCACUCCUGGCCAAAACAGGACAGGCUGCAGAGUUGGGGGGUCUACUGAAGUUUGUGCGGCCGUUCCUCAUCUCCAUCAGUAAGGCCAAGGCGGCCCGGCUGGUCCGCUCCCUGCUGGACCUCUUCCUGGACAUGGAGGCAGCCACAGGCCAGGAGGUGGAUCUGUGUCUGGAAUGCAUUGAGUGGGCCAAGGUGGAGAAGAGGACCUUCCUCAGGCAGGCUCUGGAGGCCCGUCUGAUUUCACUCUAUUUUGACACCAAAAGAUACCAGGAGGCCUUGGCGCUUGGCACCCAGCUGCUCCAUGAGCUGAAGAAGAUGGAUGACAAGGCGCUGCUGGUGGAGGUGCAGCUGCAGGAGAGCAAGACGUACCACGCGCUUAGCAACCUGCCCAAGGCCCGCGCCGCCCUCACCUCCGCCCGCACCACGGCCAAUGGAAUCUACUGUCCCCCCAAGCUGCAGGCCGCCCUGGACAUGAUGUCAGGGAUCGUCCACGCGGCUUCGGAGAAGGACUGGAAGACUGCCUACUCCUACUUCUUUGAGGCCUUCGAGGGCUACGACUCCAUCGACCACCCUAAAGCCAUCACCGGUCUCAAAUACAUGCUGCUCUGCAAGAUCAUGCUUAGCCUACCAGAAGAGGUGCAGUCCCUGAUUAGCGGAAAACUGGCCCUGCGGCAUGCGGGCCGACAAACGGAUGCACUGAAAUGCGUUGCACAAGCCAGCAAGAACAGAUCAUUAGCCGACUUUGAAAAGGCCCUUACGGAAUACAAAGCAGAGUUGAGGGACGACCCCAUCAUCAGAACCCACCUGGCCACGCUGUAUGACAACCUGCUGGAAGGGAACCUUAUCCGUGUCAUCGAACCCUUCUCCAGAGUACAGAUUGAACACAUAUCAGGUCUCAUCAAACUUUCAAAGGCGGAUGUCGAGAGGAAAUUGUCACAGAUGAUCCUGGACAAGAAGUUUCAUGGGAUCCUGGACCAAGGCGAGGGUGUCUUGAUCAUAUUUGACGAGCCACCUGUUGACAAGACUUAUGGCGCGGCCCUGGAAACUAUUCAGAACAUGAGCAAAGUUGUGGACUCGCUUUACAACAAAGCGAAGAAGCUAACAUAGAACAAAUGGCGAGACCACAGCAGCACAGUGGCGGAUGUGUGUGUGACCAGCGUGUGUAACAUUUUAAGAAAGGGACAAGGGAGAGUGACAAAAAAACAAGUCCCACAACAAACUGCAACAAAAACAGGAUUCCCGGUUCCCCUUCAUGAAAGUUCCCCCUCAAUGGACAAUUUCAUAAUCUCUUCUUUUUUUCUUUCAGGAUUCUGUUAAAAUCUCAUCGGCCACAGCAGGCCAUCAGGGAAUAUUAUACAACCACAAUAAAAUAUUAAGAAAGAUAAAUACACAUGUUUAUCUCCUGUAGAAUAAAGAUUGGGCUUAUAAAGCCCCCAGCUGACUCCGUUACCACCCACGAAGGUGCAAUAUCGACCACAAGCGAGCGCCACCAAUCCCGCUUCUUUUACAUGCACGGACAAGGCUUUUGGUCAAGGCGGUCUCUUUUUUUCCCCCCUCUCUGUUCAUAUCUUCCUAAAGCACAUGGUUUUUAGCUAGUUGAAGGUAGGUUAGAAAUUAUUGGGAUAUCCCGGCAGUUACAUUUGGUCAAAGAGCUCCCUCUAGCUCUUGCUGUUCUCAUCAUAUCCAUGCCAACAGUCAGUCCAAUUCCCCUUCGUGACAUUUCAAAUGGUUGUCAACCUCACUUCAUUUGGACUGCGUUUGUUUUGUAACUAAAAUAAAUUGGCUGACACUAUUUGUCCCCUUCUUAAGUACAUAGAGCAGAAUGGAUGCCAUUUCAUAAUGCCAGUGGCCCCUUUUCGGCCCUCUGCUUUGCCUCAACGUUUGGCUGCAACAUAAUUUAGGGGUGCAGAAAUGUGAGAUUUAUUGAUUUGCCUCUGAGCGUCUGUCUGAUCCCGAGUGAACGAUUAUCCAUUGUUAUUGCCUAGCCCUAGUAUGGUAUGCUAGUAACCAAACAAAAAUUGUUUCGUUUCAUUUGUCAUUUUCAAAAAUAAAUAUUUUGUAUUUUUAAGGAUUUUGUCUGCCUCUUGGGAAAAAUAUCACUGACCUUGGUAAGGUUCAAUUGGGCCAUUUUAGCCCUCUGAUGUGCUCUUGUUCUGAGGUAAUAGGGGUAGGAUGUUGGGUGCCCGUUGUUGGAUAACUGACUUCAGUUGAUUUAGAUUCCAGUGUAGAAAUGAAGGUCUAAUAGACCAAGGCCUUGGAAGUAAAUGUCUGCUGGGACUAGCAGCUUCAACUGGGUGGUGAAUAAUGAAUGACUCCUAGUUGCAUACUUGGUGGAAGGAAGGAGACUAAAAUUAAAGGGAAGAGAAGUGUAUGCAGUAGGAAAAAUCCCUGUCUAGUCAACUCUGGGAUUACCAUGUUGUGAACUGCAUUAGAGGGUUAUGAAUACUGUAUAGGAGAACUGAUGGCAUUCUGUUUUGUCUUUUCUCCUGUUGGGCAAAUGUUCCUGUGUUGGAAAAUGGCCUUGUCCCAAAGGGCAUUAAAACACAAUUUCAAUGACAGCUUUGGAUUGUUUUUGUUUUUUUACACAAGGCAAUGUAAACAUUUUAUGAACCUGUUUGUGAAAUGAAACGUAGUCAUUGAGUUGAAAAGGGAAGGAUUUGGAUUCUGACAUGGUGUUUAUGCACUGGAUAAGACCAUGAUAUUCUGUUUUCGCUCAAGUCUUGGUUCAGACGGUUCAUUACAUAGAGUUCAUGACUUCUGUUUCUUGUGCACCAGAGUUCUCCAAUAAUAAAGUGCCAUAAACUGCACUGAAAUCAA